AUGGCAUCACACAGCUCAACUCUCACCAUAUCUCUAAUGCUCAUCUUCUCCACUUUAUCCUAUAUUUAUCGUCGAAUCGACGAUGAAGUCGCGGCAUUGUACGAGUCGUGGCUAAUUAAGCACGAAAAAUCGUACAAUGCCUUAGACGAAAAGGACAACAGAUUUCAGAUCUUUAAAGAUAACUUGAAAUACAUAGAUGAACAUAAUUCUGUUCUGAAUCAGAGUUAUAAGCUAGGAUUAACGAAAUUCACCGAUCUGACUAAUGAGGAGUACAAGUUGAUUUACUUGGGUGCUAAAAGUUCCGGUGACCGGAGAAAGUUGUUGAAGAACAAAAACGAUCGGUAUCUUCCUAAAGUUGGGGAUAACUUGCCGGAAUCAGUUGACUUGAGAAAAAGUGUUAUUGUUGAUGUUAAGGAUGAAGAAAAAGUGUUAUUGUUGAUGUUAAGGAUGAAGGAGAUUGUGUUUGGCGACUAUAAAUCCAUUCCAUGGUCACUGGCUUGGUUCGCCGGAGCUGUUGGAGCAACGGUGAGGGAGAGAUGGGUGAGUGGUGGUCAGGUUUCAUGGUGGAUUAAGAGUCACUACCCCGUUGAUUUCGCUGGAGCGAGGGAGGUUAGGUUCGAUAGCAGUUAG